UGAGGUUCCUCAAAAGCCAAAACGACCUCUCCCUCUCUCUGUUUCUCUCUCUAAAAAGUUACCACCUGCCAAUGGAUUGUCUUCCCUCUAAAGUCGAAAUACAGAUCAGGCCUCAAUGCCUUAGCAGAAUAUGGCGAUUUAUAACGCCGGAGCUCCAUUUCUCUCUCUGUCGUCGUCCCUCGUUUCUCACUCAUCAUCCAUCGCAGAUGGUUUCCCGAUUAACCCACAAAUUGUCGCUGCAAAACCCAUAAUCAGAGCCUUGCAGAGAUGGGAUGGAAAGAACAGAGGGAGAUGGGUUCAGUUGGGUUUUAGAGAGAGAAGAGAGAGAAGGGGUUUUGUUGCUGCCUCUUCAGCUGACUCGGCGCCUUCGUCUUCGCAAUGGUGGUCUACUCUCAUGCCGAGCAAAGCAAGCGAAUCCCCCUCUUUGAGCGACAUAGUCUGGCCAGCUGCAGGAGCUUUUUCGGCCUUGGCUAUAAUGGGGAAAUUGGAUGAGAUGAUGGCGUCAAAGGCAAUUUCAUUGACUAUUGCGCCCUUUGGUGCAGUGUGUGCGGUCUUAUUUGCUACCCCGACUUCGCCUGCUGCGCGGAAAUACAACAUAUUCAUGGCUCAGAUCGGGUGUGCUGCAUUAGGUGUUUUGGCAUUUGUGCUGUUUGGCCCUGGAUGGUUGGCACGGAGCACUGCCCUUGCUGCAUCCAUUGCCUUCAUGAUCUAUACUGGCUCUACACAUCCUCCUGCUGCUAGCCUGCCUAUCAUGUUCAUUGAUGGGGCCAAGUUCCAUCACCUGCACUUUUGGUAUUCUAUUUUCCCUGGAGCUACCGGAUGCUUACUCUUAUGCCUAAUUCAAGAGGUAGUGAUUUACCUGAAAGCCAACUACAAGUUCUAAUGUCCAGCUAUAACUGGGAUGUUGCGCAAAAUUCUGGAGACUAUAUUUGAAGAUAGGUGGUCCCAAUAUUUAUUGUACAGAUAUGAGGAAAGAAAAGGAGUUCACUCUUCGUUUAUCACUUUUUUAGGUGUUCCGCAUUCUAAUGAUUAGCAAUUUUAUUUAUUCAUAUUAAUUAAAGUAAUAGGAAAACGCCUAUAGGCGAAUUUCUAAAGUGUUUCGUCCCUGCUUGUGACAGUUUUGCCUAAAAACCGCCACAGUCCUAUGGAAGCCAUGGUGGUCCCUGUAUAUUUUUUGCAUGAAAAAAAUAUCUUUACGGACAUGUUAUAUCCAUGACAGACCGCCACGGACAUGCUAUGUCCGUGACGGUCUUUAAUCCACGCCGUCCAAAAAAAUUGGACGUCGUUGAGCCUAUAGGCGAAAAUACUGAUCAUUUUCCAAAAUAGUAAUAUAUGAUGGAGUGUUAGUCUUUUCCAAAAUAAUAAUAUACUAUGGAGUUAAAUCUCAAUCAUGACUGUUUGUCAUGGUGCCUCUGUUCUGAUAGUCUUGAGAGUUCUUAUUUAUUUUCUUUAGAGCUCCAGUUGCUUGGGUACUUCCUGUAAUAUUUCAUUUAGAACUUUUCUAUCUACAAAUCCCGGAUGGAUAGCGAAAUAAUCAAUUGUAAGCGACUUGGAAUUUGCUCAGUAAAUUGACGAUAUGUGAUCGGAUGCUUUCGA